GCUUUUAUUUUGUUUUUUCUUGCUGCUACGGUCUCUUUAAAUCUGAAGCUCCGCCCCCUUCCCCACCACUUCCGGAACCUCAAACAAACAUGGCGACGCGCGGUUCCACCGUGUUGCUGCUGGCAGCUGUUGCUGUCAUUAUCGCGGCUUUAGCUUCGUGUUUCGUGGCGGACGCCGGCGUGACGUGUCCGGCUGUGUGUCUGGUUGUGGCCGGCGGACUCCUGGCGACGUGUGGGCGGAGGCUGCGGCAGCGGGACCCCGGCUGGGACCGGCGGGUCUGCGUGCUGGUGCUGGGGGACAUCGGACGCAGUCCUCGGAUGCAGUAUCACGCCUUGUCCCUCAGCAAGCACGGCUACCAGGUCACUUUUGUCGGGUUUUUAGACUCCAAGCCUCAUCAGGACGUGCUGCGAGAGGAGAAGAUCCGGAUAGCUAGCAUCCCAGAGGUGAAAGGUGUUCGAGCGGGACCCAAACUCCUGACAUACGUGACGAAGACGAUGGUUCAGUCUGCGCAGAUUCUGCAGGUUCUGCUGUCGAUGGAGCUGCAGGCUCACAUCCUGAUGCAGAAUCCUCCUGGGCUGCCCGGGAUUGCGGUGGCGUGGUUCGUGUGCGUCCUGCGCGGCAGCACCUUCAUCAUCGACUGGCACAACUACGGCUACACCAUCAUGGCUCUGAGCCUCGGUGCGUCGCAUCCUCUGGUCCGGCUCGCAAAGUGGUACGAGCACCUAUUCGGUCCUCUGGCCUCCCACAGUCUGUGUGUGACGAACGCCAUGAAAGACGACCUGAAGAAAAACUGGGGCAUCAAGGCGACGACGCUCUACGACCGACCGGCCUCCGUCUUCAGAGAGACUCCUCUGGAUCUGCGCCACGAGCUCUUCCUCAGACUGGCCGACUCUCACCCGCAGUUCAGAGCCACCAGGUCCGACUCUGAGGAAACGGAGACGACUGUGUUCACUGUCGCUACGCCGGGCGACGGCGGCGUGACCCUGAGGGCGGAUCGGCCGGCUCUGCUGAUCAGCAGCACCAGCUGGACGGAGGAUGAAGAUUUCUCCGUCCUGCUGAAGGCUCUGGAAGAGUACGAGGGCUUCGUCAGAGGAGGAGCGCCGUUGCCGUCUUUAGUCUGCGUCAUCACAGGGAAAGGUCCCCAGAAGGAGCACUACAAGAAGCUCAUCGCCUCCAUGAGUUUGGAGAAGGUGAAGAUCUGCACGCCGUGGCUGGAGGCCGAAGACUACCCGCUGCUGUUAGGUUCUGCAGAUCUGGGAGUUUGUCUCCACAAGUCGUCCAGCGGUCUGGAUCUGCCCAUGAAGGUGGUGGACAUGUUUGGCUGCUGCCUUCCCGUCUGCGCCAUCCAGUUUGACUGUUUACACGAGCUGGUGCAGCACGGAGAGAACGGGCUGACCUUCAGAGACUCUGCAGAGCUCGCCGGGCAGCUGAAGUCUCUCCUCUCAGACUUCCCCGGCUCAGACGGCAGACUGGGAACCUUCAGGAGGAACCUCCGCGCCAGCAGGGGGCAGCGCUGGGAGGACAACUGGGACCAGAACGUCCUGCCUCUGUUGGCGGCUCCCAGAUGAAGACGAGCCCUCAGCCUCCCUGGACUCUGAGAGGCACAGAAAAUGCUUUGUUACAUUCCUUGAUGUGAUGUAAAUGUGUAAAUAAAAUCUUUAUUCAGCCGCGUUUGGUCACCUGAA